AUGAAUCCCAGUAAUCUAAUAACCUCAGAACUUCUUUUAAUACAAGUUCAAGUACAAGACCCAGAUAUUCUUGAAUUAAUUCUGCAAGAAAUCACUGCUGAAUUUAAAAAAGUGACUAUAGAAGUUGCUGCUGCUGUUAGAUCUCCUAUUUAUGAAACCAAUCUAGUCUGUGUAGACAAUUUUCAUAAAGACAUAGAAGAAGACCCUUUUGAUCUAGGUUAUUUAUAUAAAAUUGCUACAAGUUGGCAUGAUAGAAUAAAGAAUAACUUAGUAUAUUGGAAUAAAGAAACCCAUCUAGAUGAAAGUUUAUUCAGUUGUUCAUCUAAUAGCCUUAAAGCCAAAACCAUUGCAUGGUUAAGUAUUGCAAACCUUGAUAGUUUGAAUGUUGCAAUACAAGAUACUCAUAAAAUUGAAGCUAAAGAAUACUAUAAUAAGAAGAAUGAAAGAGACAAAGCAUAUAACAUACCAGUAGCAACCCAGAAUUUCAAACUAAUUAAUAUGAAAGUAAUGACCACACAAGCCUUUACAAUCACAAGAACCACCACUACUCAUUGCCAUAUUAGGAUUAAAGAAAAUCUCAUAGUAGCUAUACUCAAUUUAGAUGUCACUAUUAGCAUAAUGUCGAAUAAAAUAGCAGAAAAAUUGCAGUUGAAGAUCAAUGAACCUUCUACUACAAUGGUUAUUGUUGCAAAUAAAGCUAAAACAAAGGCUCUUGAAAAAUAA